GUUUUGCGUGGCGGCAUGCCUUAACAUUUAACAGUCGCUUAACAGUUUAGUCUACGACAAACUUUAACAGCGAACGGACGUGUUGAGCGGUGAUUUAACGACGAGUUCUGUGGAAAUUUAAACGCGAGUUUUGUGCAUUUACCGUUGCUUGCUACUUUUAGCAAACAAUUUUAAACAAAAGUAAAAAUUAUUAAUAAAAAAGUGACGAAAAAUAUAUAAAAAACUGUGGAAACUAUAACAAUAAAAAAAAGAAAAAAGAAGUGAGAAAAAACACGAGAAUUGUUAAUAAUAAAAGUGACAGAAUGAGUGAUCAAGGUGAAAAUUUCUAAGAGAUUAAAAAACAGAGUGACCGUUAGACCUAAACUAAAUUAACCAAUUGGAAUAAAAAGGCAACGCGACGCAGCAGACAACGAAACAGUGCACCAUGGAGGACGAACUGCGUUGUCCCACCUGCAAGCAGCUUUAUGCGAAUCCCGUGCUGCUUCCCUGCUUCCACGCCCUCUGCCUGGGCUGUGCCCUCGACAUACAGACACCCUAUACACCGGGAGCUCCUCUUGGAUCGGUGGCAACCAAUGGUGGCGGACCGGGAGGCGCCUCCACAGGACAUGCUCCGGUAAAUGGGCAGGGCGGAGGGGCAGGGGUGGGGCCGGGGGUAGCCGGACCGGGAACACGUCACAGCUCACACAGCUCGGCGGCAAGUACCGCCAGUUCGGCAACGGGCAGCGAGAGUGUCACCUCGGAUCAGGAUCAGUCCGAUAAGGUGAGCAUCUUCAGUGAGGCGGAUUCCGGUGUCGUUUGCUGCUCCAACACAUCCCGUCCGGUCUCGUAUGCCGGCACCGGGCAGUUGCAAGGAUUGUUGCAAGGAUCUGUGGUGGCUCCGCCGGGUGCCGCCUAUUGCCUCACCUGUCCGCUGUGCCGCAAGCUGGUAUUCUUCGACGAUGGCGGUGUACGCAAUUUGCCCGCCUAUCGCGCCAUGGAGGCCAUUGUGGAUCGCUUUUGUGCCCGGGAGGCGUUGCGUUGCCAAAUGUGCGAAACAGAUCCCAAGGUCGCCUCCCUCAUCUGCGAGCAGUGCGAAAUACGCUACUGCGAUCAAUGCCGGGAACUCUGUCAUCCCGCCCGUGGUCCCCUCGCCAAGCACACGCUGGUGAAGCCUCGUGGCGCCGCCCAGCAACGGGAAUCGGUUUGCGGCGAGCACGAGGAGACACUCUCCCAAUAUUGUCUCAACUGCAAGAUGCCCGCCUGUGGCCAAUGCAUCGGGGAGCAACGUCAUCAGACGCACGAUGUGCAGUCCAUCAACGUCACUUGCAAGGCCCAAAAGACGGAACUUUCGCACAAUCUGCAACAAUUGUCGGAGAAGGCACGUUCCACAACCGAAUUCAUACAGCGACUUAAAGGCAUGAGCGACAAAGUAACCGAAUCCUGCAUUGAAUUCGAGCGUCUGGUGCACGCUCAGUGUGAGGCACUCAUUCAGGCGAUUCACGACCGUCGAGAAUAUCUGCUGGAGGCCAUACGCAUGGACAAGGAUACAAAAAUCAGAAUACUUAAGGAUCAACAAUCGAAUUGCACGGGAAAAUUGCAACAGACCACGGGACUUAUUCAGUUCUGCAUUGAGGCAUUGAAAGAGACUGACAGCGCUGCUUUUCUGCAGGUUGGCUCCAUGUUGAUCAAUCGAGUGGCAAAUACAGAUAUGACUUGGCAUCAAGAAGUCACAAAUGCUGCGCCUCGAGUUUCGCCAAUUGUCGACUUGACCCUGGAUGAUGCAGCCCUGGCACGUGCAAUCGACAAUUUAAAUUUUAUACAAAUGAAAGCCCCGAUGACGCCCUCAAUACUGCCAACAGAUUGUUCAGCGGAAAAUAAUUCAGUUACCGUUGCGUGGCAGCCACCGAAUCAUUCCUUCGUCGAAGGCUAUGUCCUGGAACUGGACGAUGGCAGCGGUGGGGAAUUUCGAGAAGUUUACUGCGGCAAGGAAACAAUUUGCACCGUUGACGGACUCCACUUCAAUUCCAUGUACAACGCCCGCGUGAAGGCCUUUAACAGCGCUGGCGAGGGUGAAUACUCCGAGCUGAUUGGAUUGCAAACGGCUGAAGUGGCCUGGUUCACGUUUGAUCCCGUGCUGAGCGGCGGUGCCGGCUCUGGUCUAAUCUUUAGCAAAAAUAAUGCCACAGUCUCGGUGGAGGGUUGGGAGCAUCGUGUGGCACUUGGCUCCGUUGGCUUCUCACGUGGCGUGCACUAUUGGGAAUUUACCAUUGACAACUAUACGGCGGACACGGAUCCGGCAUUUGGUGUUGCCCGCAUCGAUGUGGCCAGGAACAAAAUGUUGGGCAAAGAUGAGAAGUCCUUUGCCAUGUAUAUUGAUCGACAACGCUCCUGGUUCCAGCACAACUCCAUUCAUGAGCGUCGUGUUGAGGGGGGCAUCACCACGGGCAGCACAAUUGGCGUAUUAUUGGAUCUGGAGAGGCAUACGCUGAGUUUUUUGGUGAAUGAGAUGCCACAGGGCUCGGUGGCAUUCCGGGAUCUCUACGGCGUAUUCUAUCCGGCGGUUAGCAUCAAUCGUGGCGUUACAUUGACAAUGCACACGGCGUUAGAUGCGCCCAAAAUGGAUUACUUUUAGAUGAUUUGAUAUGAUAUGGAGUAGCGAAUUGUGUACAUAUUUGUAGCUUGGCAUUUAGCAGUUAUCGGUGUCUAUACAAAUUAAUAUAUAAUCACUUACUAAACUUAUCCAUAUACGAAUGCUUCUAGUUGUAUUUCCGGGCAAAGUUUAGCGACAUAUCUACAAUCUAUACUCGUAUCUAUUCAUAAACUUACGCAACGUUUUUAAAACGCUGCACUAUUAAAAAGUAUACAAAAAUAAACAACGUUGCUGGAAUCAAAUAAUUAUUCAAAAUAAUUGAAGACAUUUAACGAAAUUGUAUGUAAAAUAUUACUAUAAUAAAUCAAACAAAAAAUCAAAAUCAACCAAUUUUUAAAUGUUUUUUGCAACCACAAAGCCAAAAAUCAAGCACCGUGCAAAACACCAAAAAUAAAGAAAUAAAUCUACUAUAAUUGAAGCAAAAAUUAAAAUACGAUUUAAAUGCAUCAAUUUAAAAAUAUUUUAAAACAAAAGCACACAAUAUCCAUUAGCAAUUAGUAGAGAUCUGAGUGUGUAUCUAUGUGUGUAUCUGUGUGGGCAUUGCGUGUUCAAUUGGAAGCCAAAUACUAUUAUAUAUUCAUGUAAAAAUAUAAUAAUCUCUGUGUUUGUUUUCUUUUUUCAAGGCCAGAGUAUUUAAUCAACAUAAAAUACCAUCUGUGUAGUUGAGUAUUGUUUGUGAAUGUGUGCAGUGUAGUUGCACCAACAAAUGUUUAGUUUAAAGACUGAAUGCAAGAUUUUCUUAGCUUAUAAAUAAUAACUUAUCGCUACAAAUGUCUUAAGAGAGACAAAUUAAAAAUUCAAAUAAAUUCUGAAUGUUAAAUGUUCAAUUUAUAAGGAAAUUCAACACUCUCUAAUAUUGCAAGUAAACAA